GCGCUGAGAGACGCGAGCACUGGGUAUACACAUCGAGACAUUACGCUAAUGAAGUUAAUACUAUGCAAUGGACUGCACCCGCAGUUGGCCAUCGGUGACGAUCACAACUCAUACAAUCCCAAUGCCGACCAAAUGUUUCACACAAAGGACAAACCAUUUGUGACACUUCACCCGAACGGCGUGUUUGCUUCAGAGCCCGAUCUGUUGAGACUGAGCCACGGCUCGGAUGAGGAUCGGCUGAACGCGGACUUUGUGGGCAGCGGUCGCGUAAGCCGUGGCCAUCAACUCAUCGCUUAUGUCUCACUACUGGAGACGACGAAACCCUAUUUAUGUAAUUGUCUUCGCAUACCGUCGGCGCACGUAUUGCUUCUGGUGUCCAACGCUAUCGACACUAACUAUGACUUCUCCAGAAUCGUAAGCGACGGAUGGCUUGAACUGCAAUUCCCAAACUGCGAGCGCUCACAACAGUUCAUAUUACAGGCACUACAAGUCCGUGAUUUAUGGCUUCAGUUAUUGCAUAAACUAUUUUCUGUGGUUAAUAAAAGUUUGAAUGCAAUGAAAAUGUUGACCGCAAGACAGAAGAGUUUAUCGCUAUCGGGCGGCCAUAUCGUGUCGGAACAGCUGGUGCUGAUGCCCUCGUACUCGCCCAACGCCGCGCAGACCACUGCACCCAAUGGUGGCCAACACUUUCCGUGGGACGAAGACGUGAACGAUAUCAACACUCCAGACAUCGACCCCUCGUUCUUCGACGGCGUCGACCCCUUCAAGAAGAUGAAGAGCGCCGGAAUGGAUCCGUUCACUGUUGUCGACGAGGGCUACUUCGGCGCCCAACCGCAGACACCCGUCGGCAGUCAGAUGUGUCUGAUUGGCGCCGAAGAGGACAGCGAGUCGACCGUACAGUCGGUGACGAACACACAGUCGUACGAAGACAUGAAUUUGUGUCAACUCUUGUCGCAAACCAAUGUCGACAUCAAUGGUCUGAUUAGAGAGUCGGAGAACGAGUCGGUAGUCGUGGCGCCCAAUGACGUGCUCGACAACAGUCAAUACAUUCCGGUGUCGACAACAGCGCCGGUACUUCACUACCUGCAGCCAAAGAGUGUCGAGUCGUCGAUACCGAUGCAUGUGAUCACAUCCACGCAUGCCAUCAAUCACUUCUCGAGUCCCACCCAUUCCUCAUCGCAAUCAUACUCACCGGCGCUGUCGACCAUCAAUCACGCAUACCUGAGGCCAACCCCAUCCCCAUCGGCCCUAUCGUACACAUCGACGCUCAGCGCCAGCAGUCCAUCUACGCUCGUCUCGCUGGACGACGCCAUGGAUGACGCGAUGGACGCCAUCACAUCCGACAGCAGCCAUCACACCAUCGACGGUGUCUUUGUCGACGCCAUUGACAUGAAACCAGAUCUGGAUUUCCUUCAGCCGACUGUCAUCAACGAUCACUUAUACACAUUGCCGUCCACUUCGGGCGCAACGAAGCGCAGAAAGUCCGGCGAACAUAAGGAUCAGUCGCUGAGGAAGAAGAAUAACACGGCGUCCAAGAAGUCGAGAGUGACUAAGAGAGACAAACAGAAGAUGAUGGAAGAGCAGAUCCAACACUACAAGACAGACAAUGAGGAAUGCAAGCGACAUAUCGAGCAGAUGGAGCGCGAGAUCGAGUGGUGCAAGAAUUAUCUCUUCAAGAAAGUGGUCGCUUCGGCCAGAAAUUAA